AUGACCCUCCUUCCUGUACUAUUCCUUUCUGCGGCGUCGGCAUUAGCGUCUUCUUUACCUUCGAAUUCAUCGUCCUCCCUUAUCCCCUCUUCUUCGUCUCUACUAUCGCUUCCCCGUCCUUCUGCGGACUCGUUAUCAUCUCCUGCCUCCGCAGCGCGCUCAGCCUGCCAAUCGAUCAGCAAGUCUCUUGGCAACGCGGUCGUCCUGUCGAGCGGCACUUCCGAGUAUAACUUUACGCAACACAAUGCGUGGAACUUUCAAAACACCCUCUUCGCUCCGACAUGCAUCGUGUAUCCACGCAACGCAGGGCACGUGCAGACUGCUAUGCGUGCCAUAUUCAAGGCGAAGUCGCGCUACGCGGUUCAGAGUGGGAGCCACAGUGCGGUGAAGGGGUGGAAUACGGUACAAGAUGGUGUCUUAAUUUCGUUUUCGCACAUGCAAGCCGUCUCGUACGACGCCAAAGCCCAGUCUGUUACCAUCGAGCCUGGUGUCCAUUGGGGUGCCGCCACAGACCAGCUUUCUGCUCAAGGUGUUGCUGUCGUUGGCGGACGCGUGGGAGAUGUCGGGACCGGGCUCCUUUUGGGCGGCGGUGUUUCAUUCUUGUCUCCCGCCGAAGGGUGGGCAGCGGACAACUUCUUGUCGGUUGACAUUGUGUUGGUUGACGGAACACUGGUGACCGCGACUGGGACGAACAAGUACUCCGAUCUAUUCAAGGCACUCAAGGGCGGCGCCAACCGCUUCGGGAUCGCGACCAAGUACACCGUCCGCGCUGUGAACGUGGGAACGAAGCAGGACACGCCGUUCUUUGGUGGUGUCACGAUUUUUGACGGCAGUGCCGCCCCAGCUCUGGCGAAGGCGACUGCCAAGUACACUCGGACCGUCACGGACUCGAAAGCGUCUCUGCUUACGACGAUCUCCACGACCAUCACAAACGGCACAGUACAACAAGUGUGCGUGCUGUUCAUGUUCUACCGCGGGACAUCUCUGCCCCAAUCUAUCUUUGGCGACUUCCUCGCGAUUCCUAGUCUGCAACAGAGCCUGACCCCGCUCACCUGGACACAAAUCCUCCCGCAGACCGACCCCCCACAGUUUGUUUCAUCCGCCCGCGGCUUCGUCCAACACGUGUCCUCUUCCGCGCUGACCCUCCCUCCCGCCUCUUCCGGCCCAGCGGCCCCCGCCGACCCCGCGGGCGACGCGCUUGUCCAGGAUGCCCUAACGCACUACCUGAAUUACACUGCCACCUUUAUCAACGCCAAGUCCAAGUCUGGCAUGGGCAACGCCGCGCUUACCCUGACACCCGUGCUCGCGUCGCAGCUCGCCGCCGGCCGCGCCAAGGGCGGGAACGUGAUGGUAUCCCCUGACCUCAAACACCCGUUCCUGAUGGUGCAGCUCAGCGAGCAGUUCCUCCCCGGCGUGAGCGACAUCCCGCCGUUCGUCCAGGCGGGGAUGGACUUGUUUUUGAAGCAGGUGCCCGCGAGCAAAGGCCUCCCUCUCUUCAUCAACGAGUGCGACAAGAAGCAGGAGGUGUUCAAGAGCUAUGCGGGGUACGAGUUCCUCAAGGAGACGUACAGGAAGUAUGACCCGACGCGAUUUAACGUGCAGUUCACCGACGGGCCGAGCGGGCUGUGA